AUGUGGGCUUCAAGGAUCUUGAGAGCAGCUUCGAACGCAACGUCGUGUUCUCAUUCGCCAUUGCAGCAUUCACCUUUGACAGGGUUGUUUGCGGUCAACAAGCCGACGGGGCUGACCUCGACCACGAUUGUGGAUCACCUACAACAUGUCUGUCAACGGAAUCGGACCCAUCCUUUCGUCCAGCGUCUCUUGGAGCUCGAUGGAUCCAAGCGUGCGAAGCGCGGGUUGGUCAAGGUUGGACAUGGAGGUACCCUCGACCCAUUGGCGCGGGGUAUCGUAGUGGUAGGAUUGGGAGCAGGCACCAAACAGCUUCACGGCAUGUCCGCGUCUUCGAAAGUCUAUAUCGCUGAGGGUCGGCUAGGAUUCAGUUCAACGACGCUGGAUUGUACAGGAUCGUUGGUUGCAGAAGGCCCGACGAAUCAUAUCGCCAAGCAGGACUUGAUCCAGGCAUUGUGUGCUUUCAAAGGCGAGAUCUUGCAGACACCUCCGCUGUACUCGGCGAUAAGUAUGGAUGGUAAAAGGCUGUACGACUAUGCAAGAGAGGGUUUACCCUUACCAAGGGAUAUCCCGACACGAAAAGUGCAGAUCCAUGGACUCGAAUUGCUCUCCUUCCCCGAUGGUACUACCCCUCCAGAUCCCAGUCUCCAACAAUAUGGGUUCCUCUCCGAAAACUCAAACACCGCAACAGAACCGUCAACACCCUCGUUUACGAUGGGAUUCAAGCCCAAGCGGAUGAAGCACCAUCCGGAUGAGAAUCCAGAUCACGUCCCGAUUCCGUCGACGCCUGAAGGACUGGUCUUCCAUAUCCGAGUCCAUUGUUCGUCGGGGACCUAUAUCCGUACGUUGAUCGCAGACAUUGCGGCACAUUUGGGAACGGUCGGCCAUAUGACGGACUUGUUGCGGGUCGAGCAAUCGGGCUUCAAGUUGGGGGAUGAGGCGACAUUGGAGAUGGAAGAAUGUGAGGAUCUGGAAAAGGUCGGUCGCGCGAUCCAGGCCGGAAACCGUGUAUCCCAGGAAACGUCAUAA